GAUUAUCAACCCCACAAUCUUGCACUCGCCACCGGUGCUUCCCUUGAGAGUCGUUGAACUGCCGCGAAGGUCUGCCGCGACCAGGCGCGAAAGUCCUUUCGCACGGCGCUAGCACACGCAGCUGCUGGCGUUGCUGCGGAUGACGAUGGAUACGCCGGUAGCCAUUAUCGAUCAGGCGAAGACGACGCCCAAUGGUAUCAAGGGCAACGGAGCCGGCGCUGUUGCCGGCGGCACCGGCGGCGCCGUGACCGCCGCCGCCGCCCGCGCGGCCUCCAUUGAGGGCGUGCAGGCGCGCAUGGCCCGCACCAACCUGCAGCAGGCGGACGUGGAACGGCAGUACAAGGACGAGCUGAGGUGGAUGCAGAAGGAGGUGGACCAUCUCAAAACGGAGCUCGACAUGAGCCGCCGCCGCCGCGCUGACUCGGACGAGGAAAUAGCCGCGCUGAAGGCCCAACUGGCGGAGGCGGCGCAGGCCGUGGCGGCAGCGCAGGCGGAGGCGGCGGAGGCACGCGCCCGUGCCGAGGCCAUGCGUAAGGACGGAUCCCGUGCUGAGCUGGAGCGGCUGCGUGCUGAGCUCGAGGCAGCACGCAAGGCGGCGGCGGCGUCGGCGACAGAGGCGACGGAGGCGCACCGCGUGGCGGCAGCGUCAAGCAAGGAGCUGCGCGCGGCGGCGGCGGAGCUGGCGGCGCGCGGCGCGCGGGCCGAGGCGGCGGAGGCGGCGGCGGAGGCGGCGCAGGCGGAGGCGGCGAGCCUGCGGGGCCGCCUGGCAGCGAGUGAGGCGGCGCGGGGCCAGGCGGAGCAGGAGCUAUCGCACGCACGUGUGGAGUGCCGCACGGCGCAGGGGCGAAUGGAGGCCGCCGGCCGUGAGGCGGCGGCGGCGCGCGCCGACGCAGACGCCCGAGCCGCCGACCUGGCGGCAACGUCGCAGCGCCUGGCGGCGGUGCAAGCCGCCGCCACAGAGGCGGAAACCGCGGCGGCGGCCGCCGCCGCGCGCGCGGCGGCCGCGACGGCGGAGCUGGAGGAGAUCAAGGAGCUGAGCGGUACGUCGGCGGCCUCGGUUGCGGCGCUGCGCAGCAAGCUGUCCACCACGGACUCGGAGCUGAGCGAGCUGCAGACGCAGUACCAGCGCAUUGUGUACGAACACGCCAAGGCGCGGGCGGAGCACACGGAGAUGAGCGGCAAGCUGCUGCGGGCCCAGGAGGAGCUGGCCCGCACGGUGUCGUACGCGGAGGAGGCCACGGCGGCGCUCAAGCGGCAGCUGGCGGGGCUGGGGGCGGAGCCGGCGGCGCUGCCGGAGGCCCCGGCCUCUGUGGUGCGGCACGGCCUGGGGCUGCCCAUCAGUGGGGAGGGCAAGGCGGCGGCGGCGGCGGCGGGCGGGGCCGCUGGCGGCACGCCGGUCGGCAGCCGGCGGCGCAUCAGUCUGGGGCGUGACUCGGCGGACCGCAGCGGCAGUCUGCCGCCGCCGCCCGUGGCGCUGGCGCCGGCUGGGGUCGCCAGCUGAGGCGGCGGCGGCGAGGUGGCGGCUGCGGCAGUGGAGUGUGGGAGGGGGGCUGGGGGCUGGGGGGGCAACGAGAACCAACCCCCAGACCCAAGUGCGCUGGGCUGCAUUGCAAGCUGCUGGCAUGCGUGAGUUACCGUUGGGCUCUGAGGGGAGCAGGAGGCGGCGCAGGAGGUGUGGCAGUUGCUGAGGUAACGGUAGUUGCUGCAACGGGCGUGCACUUUACGUUGUACCCUACCGCCGAAAGGGCGGGGCUCGGGGCCUGUAUUGGAGGUAGGCGAAGCACACGACUUAUGUCUUGGAUGCAUAAUUGAACCUGCCUUUGGGGUGUGGGCGUCGGGUGCCGAUGAUACGGUUUUCGGUUGCUUCGGUACUCUCGGUCAUCUGCGGGUUCUGUACUGCAGGGCUAUCGUUUGAUUGGGCGUCGCCGGACUGUAUGCCCGAUGUACCUGGUUUUGCGUCUGGUGCUGUAGACCGCGCUUCGUGCGCCGCCAUGGUUUGCUGCACGGUUGUGGGGCUCUGGCGGGCUUCGGCUUGGCUUUGAUUUAUGCCGGUGUAGCAGCCGAGACACGCUUUUUGCGCAGAAACAAUGCACGGUUUGGCGAAGGUCGGCAGCCAGUUGGGGGGAGGGCGGUUUCCCUUCGGGCCGGAGAUGGUUCCCUCCUGACCUGGGUGCUGGGCACCCUUGCUUGGGCGGACUGUCCCUUCUUGUAAUGUCGCAUUUAUAAUGACACGGCCCCCGCGUGUGUGGGUUUUAGCGGCUUGGAAUAAGCUCCCAAUUUCUGGGGCGACACUCGCGUGGGCAACACCUUACCAUCACGAUUGACAAGAGUUGCAAGCUUCAUCCGCGCAGUCCCAGUGUCCGAUGUAAAGUGGAGCGCGC